UUUUCAUCCAGUUCUGCAAGCUGAGCCUGUCAAGUGAAUGCUUCGGACCAAGCUGAAUCGAGUCUUGAACUCGAGAUCUUAUCGGCCAUCAAUCUCCUUCCACAGUUCACUACUACUUCGUACCCAACUUCAUCGAACUAUGGUUUCCGCAGCUGCAGACCGCUUCUUGGCCGACAAGGCUCCUCCGAUCUGCCGUGUCGAGGUUGCGAAGUCAUUCUCACAACUCACACCAAAGGAGAAGCUCUACACUCAUUACGUCGGACAAGCUUCAUGGGCAGGCGCUCGGAUCAUUCAAGAACAGUGGACUCCCCAAGCGCUAAGGCUCUACGAUCUCCUCAUACUCACCUUCAGCUCCAAUGGGAAGUUGGCUGAUUUGGACGCACUCAGUCAAAAAUCUGGCAUCUCUCAUGAAGAUUUUGAACAAGUACUGCAAUAUUCAUCCCAGGUUUUGCACAACUUGCUAAACUACAAGAGUUUCGGUUUCACGAAGAUCGUACCUCGCGUUUCCGAAGCAAAAUUUGCUGCUGUGGUCGAGAAGUCAGCCAAUGCAGCCAACGCUGUUCCUUUAUGGAACGAGUUGAAAGACCAUAUCUAUGCGCUCUCGCCUGAAAAUUCUCUCUCCAUCGGCAAACCAAGGGAUGGACAUAUUUCCAACUAUUACCUUGGUCAAACAAUCAUGGACGAAGAGGUCGCAGCCGUUCAAGCUGCCGCUGAGAAAAUCGGAGUCGACGUGCUGAACACCCGUGUCCGCAAGAAUGGGCCCCAUGACUUUACCCUUCUUGUGGCCUCUGUCAAUAAGACUGAAUCGAUCGUUCAUGAGAUAAACGCAGAAUCAACAUCUAUCAGAUUGACGGUCGAGUAUGGCGACUUCUCAGCAGCAUUAGCAAAGGCUGUGGCGGCUUUGCAUGAGGCCAAGAAGUACACGGCUAGUGACACCCAGACAAAGAUGAUUGAGGGCUACAUUAAUUCCUUUAAGACUGGUUCGAUCGAGGAGCACAAAGCUGCCUCUGAACAUUGGGUAAAGGACGUCGGCCCCGUCGUCGAAAGCUACCUAGGCUUUAUUGAAACUUACGUUGACCCAUACGGUGGUCGUGCCGAGUGGGAAGGUUUUACUGCCAUCGUGAACAAAGAACUCAGCGCCAAGUAUGACAUACUCGUCAAUGAUGCACCGGAGUUAAUUAAGGUCCUGCCCUGGGGUAAGGACUUUGAGGUUGACGUAUUUAGAAAACCGGAUUUCACUGCAUUGGAGAUUGUGAACUUUGCUACAGGAGGUAUUCCCGCUGGUAUUAAUAUUCCCAACUAUUACGAUAUCCGAGAAUCGACUGGCUUCAAGAAUGUCUCCCUCGCUAACAUCCUUUCAGCCAAGGCGCCGGACGAAGAAAUUACUUUUAUCCAUCCUGACGAUCUCGACCUGUACAAUGAAUGGGAUUCGCGCGCCUUUGAGCUUCAGGUUGCAAACCACGAGCUGUUGGGCCAUGGAUCUGGGAAGCUUUUCCAGGAAGCCGCUGACGGCUCAAAAAACUUUGACCCAGAGAAGAUCAUUAACCCACUGACUGGGAAGAAGAUCACAUCGUGGUAUAAACCUGGUCAAACACCCGGUUCGGUUCUUGGCGAAGUUUCGUCCUCAAUGGAGGAGUGUCGCGCGGAAGUUGUUGCCCUCUACCUCGCAAGUAAUCCAACGAUCCUUAACAUUUUUGGCUAUACCGAUAAGAAGACUUGCGAUGAUGUCGUUUAUAUUACCUUCUUGCUAAUGGCACGUGCAGGUCUACGUGCUCUUGAGUUCUAUGACCCUGCCACGAAGAAACACGGCCAGGCACACAUGCAAGCUCGCCUUGGCAUCACCCAGCACAUAAUUAAGGAAGGUCUAGUGACUCUCGAAGAAGUUCGCGGCGCAGAUAAUUCGCUAGAGAACCUGUAUAUUCACCUUGACCGCCAGAAAUGCUUGGCCCAUGGACAGGCUGUUGCAGGAAAACUCCUCAUCGACCUUCAAGUCCGGAAGAGCACAGCUGAUGGUGCUGGAGCACGGGACUUCUAUACCAAGCUUACCACGCCUCUUCCAGGAUGGGAUAGCGAGAUUCGGGAUGUUGUCCUCAAGAAGAAACAACCUCGCAAGAUGAUGAUGCAGCCCAACACUUUUGUCGUGAAUGGCCAAGUGGAACUGAAAGAAUAUCCCUUGACACCUGCUGGUAUGAUUGAAAGCUACAUUGAAAGAUGCCUGUGAGGUUUUAUUCAAUGUGCUUAUUUGGACAACAACAACUACACAGCGGCGGCCGACUAUGGUGUGAACUGUAUAAACUAGCAUCCAUAUAUGGAUUAGUAUGUAACAAAUGAAUCAGUGCUUGGAUUGA